UGCAGUCUUCGUUGGCGGCCGUCGAAACAGUCCGGAGUCCAGAGUCAGGUCCCGUCGUCGAUGGAGCAACAAACCUAAGUCGAAAACAAUAAGAAUGUCCCAUACUGCUGUGUCCUCCAAAACACUGGCGAAAGGCCAAAGCACAUCAAAGAGGGGACGUGUGUCCAGUGGACUCAAAAAAAUUCACAUCGAUGAAGAAGUGAAGAUAUCUGUGAACCUCGCUUUGGAGAGGUUUCGCUACAGUGACCAGAAAGAGAUGGAAUUUCCCUCGUCAUUAUCAAGUACUGAAAGGGCCUUCAUUCACCGCUUAGCCCUGUCUCUGGGGUACAUCUCCAAAAGCAAGGGGAAAGGACCAAAUCGAUUUCUUACUAUCAGAAAAAAUGGUGGUUCAGAAAAACCUCGACCAACAAUGUCUCUUACUCUUUCCCACAACACUUUGUACUUUAUUCGGAGCCUACGUCAGAGGUUUCCCAUCACCAGCAAAGAACGCAUAGACCUUCAGCUCAGCAGUAACAGCAGCCUGAGGAUGGCCACUGAAGCUGAGGGCUGUGACAAAAAUAGAGCAAGUGGAUGUCUAAACAAUGGCAUUCCUAUGGUGCCCAGAAGAAGAAAUCCCACAGAUAUUGACAAUUUCAGGUGCUCUCUGCCGGUGUACCAACGACGUGAGGAGAUUGUGCAACUUAUCACAGAAAACCGUGUCAUUCUGGUGGUAGGAGAAACCGGCUCUGGUAAAACUACACAGAUUCCCCAGUUCCUUCUUGAUGACUGCACUAGGAGGGGAGAGCCAUGCAGGAUCUUUUGCACACAGCCCAGACGCCUGGCCGCCAUUGGUGUGGCCGAGAGGGUAGCAGCAGAAAGAGGAGAAAGUGUGGGGCAAACUGUUGGUUAUCACAUCAGACUUGAGAGCAGGGUUUCUCCCAAGACACUUUUGACUUUCUGUACAAGUGGAGUAUUUCUCAGGACUUUGAUGGCUGGAGAUGCCAGUUUGACAACAGUCACACAUGUGAUCGUGGAUGAAGUGCAUGAACGUGAUGGUCUGACAGAUUUCCUGUUGACAAAGAUGCGAGACGUGCUUCAGAAGAUUCCCACUCUAAAACUGAUCCUCUCUAGUGCUGCUUUGGAUUUAGACCUGUUUCUUCAGUAUUUUGGGUCCUGCCCUGUCCUCCACAUCAAAGGAAGGCAGUUCGAAGUGAAGGAGCAUUUUUUGGAAGAUAUUCUGAAGAUGACUGGUUACAAAGUUAAAGACAUGAAGAAGUACAAGGAGGAAAAAGAGAAAAAAGAAACUAAAGAGAAGGUUUUGACAGAAUGGUGUAAAGCUGUGGAGAGCAGUUCUGUUGAGGGUCUGAAUAUGGUUGCAUCUGAGUUACUACAAAGUUCUCACCCAAACACAGAGAGCAGCACCCUGUGCAAAUCAGAAGAGAAUGGUAUGGAUGCCCUUGAGCCAUGGCUGAUAACUGAGAUGGACAUGUGCAUUUCCAACGUCUUCCUUAGUGAAGAUCAAGAAGCAUUUACCCAGAUUUUUUAUCUAAUUCUCUAUGAGAAUGUAAAUGUCGAUUAUACCCAUAGUGAGACCGGUGCCACCGCUCUAAUGGUGGCAGCGGGUCGAGGAUGUAUUAUGCAGAUGCAACAGCUCUUAAGUAUGGGGGCUGAUAUGAACAUAAAAGCGUCCAAUGGUUGGUCUGCAUUGGACUUUGCCAUGCACUUUAACCAGAUGGAUGCAGUGGAUCUACUCCGGUCAUCAAUCCCUCUUGGAAGAGUAAAUCAGACUGAUGAAACUGCUCUGGUGCAGUCUGCUUGUGAAGAGUUGAGCCUAGAGGACCAGGAGCUGCUCAAACUGUACCACCAGAGUUUUGAUGAUGAGUAUGUAGAUCUGGACCUAAUUAUGACUCUUCUUUAUCACAUCUGCACCACCACCACUGAAGGCGCUGUUCUUAUUUUUCUCCCUGGAUAUGAUGAGAUUGUGACACUCAGGGAUCGCAUUCACUUUGAUGACAAAAGGUUUUCAACUCUCUUUGAAAGAUAUCAGGUGUUCACCUUACAUUCAGAUAUGCAAACUUCUGAUCAGAAAAAAGCCAUGAAGCCAUUGCCACCUGGUGUUAGAAAAAUUAUCCUCUCUACAAACAUCGCAGAAACAAGCAUCACUAUCAAUGAUGUUGUCUUUGUCAUUGACUCUGGAAAAGUCAAAGAGAAAUCCUAUGAUACUCUGAGCCAUGUAUCAAUGCUGAAGACUGUUUGGGUCUCAAAAGCGAGUGCACUUCAACGAAAGGGAAGAGCUGGACGCUGUAGAUCAGGAAUUUGCUUUCAUCUCUACAGCCGACUCCGUUUCAACAACAUGCAGGAGUUUCAGGUCCCCCAGCUGUUGCGGAUGCCUCUUCAGGAGUUGUGUCUACAGACCAAACUGCUAUCUCCUACCUCUUGCCCAGUGGCAGAAUUCUUGUCUAAAGCUCCACAGCCUCCACCAACACAUGCUAUACGAAAUGCUGUGCAGAUGCUCAAGGCCAUAGAUGCACUGGACCAAUAUGAAGAGCUCACUGAUUUGGGCUACCAUUUGGCCGAUUUACCGGUAGAGCCACAUCUGGGCAAAAUGGUUCUCUGUGCUGUGGCGCUGAAGUGCUUGGACCCCAUCCUCACCAUCGCCUGCACCCUGGCCUAUCGAGACCCCUUUGUACUACCCUCCCAGGGCUCUCAAAAGAGAGCUGCUCUACUGUGCCGCAAACGCUUUACCUCAGGCACCUUCAGUGACCACAUGGCCCUGCUCCAGGCCUUUCAGGCUUGGCAAAAAGCUCGUAGUGAAGGCUGGGAACGAUCCUUCUGUGAAAAGAACUUUCUUUCUCAGGCAACUAUGGACAUGAUACUGGGAAUGAGAACUCAGUUGUUGGGACAGCUGCGUGCCAUUGGUUUUGUUCGGGCACGAGGUGGUAGUGAUAUUCAAGAUGUAAAUCUGAACUCUGAGAACUGGGCUGUGGUAAAGGCCGCACUACUGGCUGGGAUGUAUCCAAACCUUGUCCAUAUUAACAAGGAAACCUCUCUCAUGUCCAGCAGCAAAGAGAAAAAGGUUAACUUCCAUCCAACGUCAGUUUUAAGUCAGACCCAGGUAAAAGAGAGCACCUCAACCAAGGAGGCACAGACCCUUCCAACAGACUGGCUCAUAUAUGAUGAGAUGAGAAGAGGCCAAAGAAUGGCCAGUGUUCGCUGUUGCUCUAUGGUGACCCCUGUCACUGUUGCUAUUUUUGGUGGUUCUGCAAAAUUGCCAAGCUCUGCCCUGCAGGAACCUGCCUCUCUAAAAGAUGGCUCAGUUAAUGACACAAGUGACAGUGACUCAGAGGAGCUAGCUGAGAUGAAGCUUGAUGACUGGCUUGUUUUCCAGUUGGAUACAGAAGCAGCAGAACUGGUAUUUGAGCUCAGACAGAAAUGGCUAAAUCUCUUCAUCAGAAGGAUAAAAUGUCCUUCAAAGCUCUGGUCUCAACAUGACGAGGCUGUUCUACACACACUGGUUUCUGCGCUUUCAUUGGAGGAGCAGAGAGCAGGCUUACAACAACCUUCAGGGAUAGGCCAGCGACCUCGGCCCAUGACCUCUGAAGUGGGUUACCAGCCAACCUUCAAAAGCUCUAAGAGCAGCCCUCAAUGCAGCACAGAUGACCGACAUUGUAGAAUGUGGGGAAAUUCUGCCCAUUUAAAGAAUGAGGAGGAUUCACUGGGCAUUACCCCUCUCUCUGAUAACCCUCUGUCCUCCAGUAGCUCAUCUUAUUGUGUAAGCUUAGACAGUCCCUCUGAAAGCCCCUGCACCUCCUCAGCAAAGCAUUCUCCCCGAACAUCUCCUCAGCUAACCAUCUCAUCCAUCCGUUACUUCAUCAUGAAGAGCAACAGCAUUAGAAAUAUAGAGAUAUCUCAGCAGAAGGGAAUAUGGUCCACCACCCCAUGCAAUGAGUCCAAACUGUCCAAAGCAUACUUGGAACAUAAGUUAAUCAUUCUAAUAUUUUCUGUUCAAGGCUCUAGACACUUUCAGGGCUAUGCUCGCAUGACAUCAGUCAUUAGCAGAGACGGUUGCCAGGACUGGGGGCUUAAGGGACUUGGUGGUGUCUUCAGAGUGGAAUGGAUUCACAAAGAGAGCCUGUCUUUUCAGUCUACUCAGCACAUCCUCAAUCCCUGGAAUGACAACAAGAAAGUCCAAAUUAGCAGAGAUGGACAAGAGUUGGAACCUCAGGCUGGGAGUCAGCUACUGUUAAUGUGGGAUAGAAAUUUUAGAAAUUAGUAAGAGAAAAGCACUGCCAUACGGACUAUGAUUGUUGCAAUUAGUGGAUGAAACUAUGCAAAUGAAAGCAGUGGUGAGAAGAUGUUUUUGUUCUUAACGUCUCUGUUUACAUGUAUUAUAUUUCUUAAUUAACUUCCAUGUUUUUUCAGUGUUAAUAUUAUAGUGGUGUAAAUAUAAACUUUUACAUAAAUGCCUUAAUCGCAUAUCAACAAAGUCUUUGCCAUUUUUAUUAACGAUAUGUAUGUAAAGAUAUCUUCUGUUAAGAUACAUAUUCUGCUUUUUGGUUUACAUUAUUUAUUUCGUGUUCAUAUCCUGUGCUGGACAGUUAUCUCAGACCAAAACUCUGGUCCACCUUUAUUGGUAUGUUUAAUACUCUAUCUUUUUUUUCCCAUUUUCAAAAACUAAUUCUUGUUAUCUCAAAACAAAGUUGAAUUGGUUGUCACUUUGUCAAAUAUGCAAACAACCGAACCUCCUGGCAGACUGACACUGCCAGCCUUAAAAAUAAAACGUUGUGAUCAGUGUG